AUGACGACCCGGGACGAGGUCUCAGAGAAGCCCAAAGUGAAGAUGCUGUCUCCCGGGUUCGGGAUCGACAAGUCCCGCCUGCACGGCCCCGGGUUCCGGUCCAAAGGCUUCGCCAUCACGGACCUGCUGGGCCUGGAGCAGCCCGGCUCGGCCCCGGGCCCCGGGGGGCUGCCGGCCCCGGGCUCCGGACCCGGACCCGAGCCGCACCCCGGGGCCGGCCUCGGAGGCUUUUCGUUCCCGGGCGGCUCUCUGCCGCUCGGCCUGGGCUUCCUGUGCAGCCUGGCGGCCCAGCAGCCCCCCGGGACCCCCUGCUUCCUGCCCGGACACCUGCCCCCCCACCACCCGCUGCUGCAGGCCCGGAGCGAGGGCCACUACCUGCACGGCCUGCACGACGCCCAGCGGGACCACUACUCCGAUGAAGAGUGUCUCUCAGACAGAAACGACCCCAAGUCUUCAGGAAACUCUCAGAAGAGGAAGAAGAGGAGACACCGGACGGUGUUCACCUCCCAUCAGCUGGAGGAGCUGGAGAAGGCUUUCCACGAGGCUCAUUAUCCAGAUGUUUACGCCCGAGAGAUGCUCGCCAUGAAGACCGAGCUGCCCGAGGACCGGAUACAGGUCUGGUUUCAGAACCGUCGGGCCAAGUGGCGGAAGCGGGAGAAGUGCUGGGGCCGCAGCAGCGUCAUGGCGGAGUACGGCCUCUACGGGGCGAUGGUGAGACAUUCCAUCCCGCUGCCCGAGUCCAUCCUCAACUCCGCGAAGAACGGCAUGAUGGGGUCCUGCGCCCCCUGGCUGCUCGGUGAGCCGCAUGCACGAAUGCACAAGAAAUCUUUAGAAAUGGCCAAAAAAUGUUCCAGUCCUCCAGCGUCUGAAUCCACUCGCUCCGACUCCUUCACGCCGGCGGAGCGACGGGGCGGCGAGGGCCGGGAGGCGGAGCAGGGGGAGGAGCUGUGUGAGGAAGAGGAGGAGCUGGAGGAGGAAGUGGCAAUCGACCUGUCCAGCUCCUCCAAACAACAUCACGAGGACGGCGGGAGGAGCGUCCCGUCGCCACGGCGACAGAGCGGCGGCGAGUCGGACGAUCACAGCUGA